UAUUCUCGACUGUCAUGGUUGUCUAAAGGUUGAUUUUGUUUUUGUUACGUUUUUCAUAUUUAUAUUAUUACAAAGUACUGCGAAAAAUAAAAAAUGAACAGACUAAUACAGGUUCACAGUCGUUCUUUAAAAAAGUCAACCUUAUUAUGGGAGACAAGACAAUAUGAAAAUUUUCCAUAUGUCACACUUUCAAGAUCAUUGUCAUAUUACACAACUCAGCCACCAAGAUUGCAUCAUGAUGUCACACAGAAGCCACUUAACUCAGGAGUGCACUGUUAUUUGCCUUAUAUCCGACCAAUAUCAACAAGCAGCCAUUGUUAUGACAAAGAACCCUUAAAACCAUCUUCCAAAGUGGAGGCCACAGUUGAAACAAUAAAGAAGGGUAUCGAAGAGAAAGAAAAACUUCCUAAGAAGGAAGAAGUAAAGAAAAGUAUUAAGGAGCGUGUUAUGGAUGAAUUGCGACAUUACUACCAUGGUUUUAGGCUGCUUUUUAUUGAAGUUCGAAUAUCUACAGCCUUGUUGUUUCGUAUAUUAAAAGGUGAAUCUCUAACUCGAAGGGAACACAGACUUUUAGUGACAACAAUUGGUGAUCUGUUUCGUAUGGUACCUUUUAUUGUGUUCAUUGCAGUACCAUUUUUAGAAUUUGCUUUGCCUUUGUUCAUUAAACUUUUCCCUAAUAUGUUGCCGUCCACAUUUGAGAGUACUAGUCAAAAGGAAGCUAAGUUAAAGCAACAUUUGAAAGUAAAACUAGAAAUGGCAAAAUUUUUCCAAGAAACACUUGACCAAAUGGCACCACAGGCUAAGAAUCGGCAUUCUGAGCUGGCUAAAGAGUUCUCUGGUUUCUUCAGUAGAAUAAGGACAUCAGGUGAUGUUGCAACCAGUGAAGAGAUUAUGAAAUUCUCAAAAUUAUUUGAGGAUGAAAUAACCUUGGACUCAUUACAACGACCACAUCUGGUUGCCCUUUGCAAAGUGUUAAAUGUCUCCACAAUAGGUACAAGUGCAAUGUUACGGUUUAACCUCAAAAUGAAACUGAGAUCAUUAGCCGCUGAUGACAAAAUGAUUGCAAAAGAAGGAGUAGAUAGUUUAAAUUUCAGUGAAUUGCAACAAGCUUGCAGAGCCCGCGGUAUGAGAGCAUAUGGAGUUUCCGAAGAGAGAUUACGAAAGGAAUUGAGAAAUUGGUUGGAUUUGUCUUUGAAUGAGAAAGUACCACCUUCAUUGCUUCUCUUGUCUCGUGCCCUUAUGGUUCCGGAACAUGUACCUACAACAUACAAACUGAAGGCAACAAUAUCUGCAUUGCCUGAACAAGUUGCUACUCAAACUAAAGCUGCUAUUGGAGAGAAAGAGGGUAAACUUGAUUUCAAGGCAAAAGCAGAAGCCAUCAAGCUGGAAGAGGCAAAGAUCAAAGAAGAGAAACAAGAGUUACAGGAGGCUGAAAGAGAGAAGGAGAUACUGGAAGCAAAGAAGAGGGAAAAGGAGGAACUCAAGGACAAAGCACCUAUUAUUGACCCUGAAGCAACUCCAGUUCUAGUAGACACAGCUCCUGUAGUAAAUGUAGAUACUGCAAAGAAGUCUGAAGAAGGCCUAUCUGGCAAAGACAUUGAAGUCAUUGAAGAUGCUUUAGAGAAAUUAGCUGAACAAAAGAAGUCUCUGCUAUUAGAAAAGGAAAGUAUCCAGGAACUUAAAGCUGAACUGUCAGAGUACAGCGAGGAUGUGAAAGAGAUGCAGGAAAUUGUUAAAACAAAGCAGGCCGAUAUUAAGUUGACCAAAGGUGCUCGUAGAUUAUACCGUGCUGUGAAUAACAUGAUAAGCAAAUUAGAUGCCGCAUUAGUGGAACUGGAGAGCAAAGAGAAAGCAUUGAAGACAACCUUGGAACAAACAAGAACAGAACCACAAAAAGCGAAAGAACACCUGAUCCAAAUUGACGAACUUAUGCAUUCCAUUAAGAGCCUUCAGAAGGUACCUGACGAAGCGAAACUGAAGUUAAUACAAGAUGUACUGGGUCGUUUGGAUGACGAUUUCGACGGGCAGUUGAAGGUUGAUGAUGUUUUAAAGAUGUUAGAAAUCAUAGGCAAUGAGAACGUAAAUCUGUCGGAGAAGCAGAUGGCGGAAUUGAUCGAGCUGUUGGAUAAAGAAGAGAUUCUGGAAGUCGAGAGCAAGAUACAGAAGGCGCUAGAUAAGGCAGCCGUUGCCGCCAAGGAACAAGACAAAUCCUCGGAAUCUGAAGGAAAGAGUUUAUUCGACUUGAUUCGCGAGGCGCAGAAGAGGCGAGAGAUGAAAAAGGCAGAGCAAGUGGAGAAAUUCGACGAACAGCCACCCAUCCCGAAAGGCGAUGACAUAGUCCCCAAAACCGGCGAGAGCAGUAAACGGCCCGAGAGUCAUUGAAACAGAUUAUUCAAUUAGUCAAUGUGUAAAUAUGGCGGUGAAUGGUUACGCUUUCGCUCCGGUUUGGUACAAAUCGACAGCGAUAGUGUUUAUUAUAUUUUCUAUAUAUGAACACUACAAUAAUAUUAACAGUCCUCUGGAAUGGCAGCGCGUGGACGGUAUCACGAGUGUCAUGAUAACGUGAUGUGCGUAGUGCCGUUCAUGUAUAUAGGCGAUAUCACAACUUACCAUCAGGUGUGCCGUCAAAUUGUUUGCCAUUCUAUUUACAUACAAAAUAUGGAUUUAUACAUGUGGUAUAUAUAACGGGCGUAGAUAUAAAGGUAGAUACAAAAUUUCACUUUGAAAAUGUUCAUGGAUUAUAACCUUAACGAUGUAAAUAUUAACUAAAUAUACUUAACCAUUUUGAUGUACAAUUCAAUUGUAGUAUCUACUUGAUACUGCAUGUAAAUAAGCCUAAAAUACAUAUACAAUGUGAUACUAAUUCCAAAAGGGUAAUUGGAUCUUAUGAUAUCACCUAAGCAACUUAAAAAAUAUUAUUUUUGGUUGUUAUAUGCCAUUAGCAAAAAUGCCCGUUUACCUCAUAGUACAGUCCUUUGUAGAUGAUUAUUUUGUUUAUGUAAUGAAUAUCCUUAUGACAAUAAGUAUUUUGUAUACAUGAAUCACAUAAAUAGUAUGUAUAUAAAAGUUACAUAGUAUAUGAUAUGUAAUAUUAACAUGUCGUACAAAGUAUAUAUUUUUUCGUAUAUUUUAACAUCUUUUUCUGGUUUCUCUCCAUUGGUUAUUACAGAGAUAUAUGUUAUUAUUUAUGCAUUUCUGUGAUCACUUUUGAGUUGUAAGAUUUAUUUUAUUGUUAUAGUCUAUAUUAUUUAUGUUCUAGCACAAAUUGUUCAUGUUUAACGUGUAGUAUGUCUAGGAAGUCUCGUCGACGCCAUUGAAAAUAAAUACGUUGAUAAUAAAACCAAUAUAAUAACCAUAAUAUAGUGGCUGUAUAUAGUAAAUCAUAUAUUUUGUGUAAAACACAAUCGGUUGGGGUUUUAUUUAUUUAUAAAUUGAUAUAUAGUUUUUUCUUUUAAAAUUUUAACCAACAUUUACUUCUUACUGUAAAUCGUUUUAUCCAAUAAAUAGUAAUCACCCUGGUAUGAAUAUUUUAUGAAAGAAUAUUACUUGUUACCUCAACAAUGGCCAGACAAAAUCUGUCUAAAGACGGCAUAUGUGAUGUAUUAUAUGUAAAUCCAAUUAUAUAUAUGAACAUACAAAUUCCACUCAGCCUAUUAUUUAAAGAAAUUGAGAAUUACUUAAUGAACUUACUUUAUGUUGAGAAAUUAAAAGCUCUAAUUAAUAAGAUAAUAA